AUGGAGAAAACCUGGAAAUCUGUUCCUAUGAGAAGGCAAAAGAAAGAGGCCGAACAAAUCCGUAAACUGUUCAUUGGCGGCUUGAGCUUUCAAACCACAGAAGAAAGUCUGAGGAAGUACUACCAGCAGUGGGGAGAACUCACAGAUUGUGUGGUCCUGAGGGACUUUGCCAGUCAAAGAUCAAGAGGAUGUGGUUUUGUCACCUUUUCAUCCAUGACCGAGGUGGAUGCUGCCAUGGCGGCCAGACCCCAUUCCAUUGACGGCAGAGUGCUUGAACCCAGACGUGCUGUCCCAAGAGAGGCAUCUGGGCAGCGAGGGGCCCACUGGGCCCUGAAGAAGCUGUUCAUUGGUGGAAUUAAGGAGGAUACCGAGGAGCAUCAUCUUAGAGAAUACUUUGAGAAAUAUGGAAAAAUCGAUGCCAUUGAGAUCAUCACUGAUAGGCAGUCAGGCAAGAAAAGAGGCUUUGGAUUUGUGACUUUUGAUGACUAUGAUCCCGUGGAUAAGAUAGUGUUGCAGAAAUGCCAUGCCAUCAAUGGUCAUCGUGCAGAAGUCAGGAAGGCUUUGUCAAUAUGGGAAAUGCAGCAAGACCUGGAGGUGGGAAUUUUGGAGGUUACCCUUGUUAUGGAGGGGGAGGUGGAGGUGGUGGAGGCUCUGGGUUUGGCAACUGUGGUGGGUUCUCUGGAGGUGGUUAUGACAAUUUUGGAAAUUAUGACCAGCAACCUUCUAACUAUGGUCCAAUGA